CCCCCGGCGCCAAACUCUCUGUCAACUUUUUCUGCUUUUCACCGUUCUUGAUUGAUUCUUCAGGCCCCUUUUGUCUUUCUAUCUCAUUGAUUCACAACAGAACAGCCAUUGACUAAAACAAAAACCCAUUUGGAGUUUUGAGCAAGAAGCAGUCUUUUCAAUUGGGAUUCAGCCAUGGCAGAAGCAAAACCAGAAGAGAUAAGCCAUCCUCCAAUGGACCAACUUCAAGGCCUAGACUACUGUAUUGACUCCAACCCUUCUUGGGGGGAGGCCAUAGCUCUAGGCUUCCAACACUACAUCUUGGCGUUGGGGACUGCAGUGAUGAUCCCCACAUUUCUUGUCCCUCUUAUGGGCGGAACGGAUCAUGACAAAGUGAGGGUUGUUCAGACUCUGCUUUUUGUCGAAGGAAUCAAUACACUCCUACAAACACUUCUGGGGACCCGAUUGCCCACGGUGAUUGGAGGAUCAUGGGCAUUCAUGGUCCCCAUUCUGUCCAUUGUUCAUGAUCCGGCGUUGACAAGGAUUGAAGACGGGCAUCUGAGAUUUCUCAAUACUAUGAAAGCAAUACAAGGUGCUCUAAUAGUGGCAUCGAGCGUGCAGAUUAUAUUAGGUUACAGUCAAUUGUGGGCUAUUUGUUCCAGAUUCUUCAGCCCGCUUGGAAUGGUUCCAGUAAUUUCUUUGGUGGGCUUCGGUCUAUUCGAUAGAGGCUUUCCAUUGGUUGGUAGGUGCAUGGAAAUUGGCAUUCCCAUGCUGGUUCUCUUUGUUGCUUUCUCCCAGUACUUGAAACAUUUCCAAACAAGGAAACUGCCUAUACUGGAACGAUUUGCUCUUCUGAUAUCGAUCACAAUUACAUGGGCAUACGCACACCUCCUGACAGCCAGCGGUGCAUACAGAGAUAGGCCAGUUUUGACGCAAAAUAACUGCCGGACUGAUAGAGCUAAUCUCAUUUCUUCUGCACCCUGGAUAAAGAUCCCAUACCCUCUACAGUGGGGUGCACCAACUUUUGAUGCUGGUCAUGCUUUUGGGAUGAUGGCUGCUGUAUUAGUCUCCUUAAUUGAGUCAACUGGAGCGUUUAAGGCUGCAUCUCGUUUAUCAAGCGCCACACCACCUCCUGCCCAUGUUCUUAGCCGUGGCAUUGGCUGGCAGGGCAUUGGAAUUCUUUUGGAUGGACUUUUUGGGACGGUUACUGGAUCUACAGUGUCGGUAGAAAAUGUGGGUCUUCUUGGAAGCACUCGUGUAGGAAGCCGAAGAGUUAUACAAAUUUCAGCUGGUUUUAUGAUCUUCUUUUCCAUAUUAGGGAAAUUUGGAGCUCUAUUUGCAUCAAUUCCGAUCACCAUCUUUGCAGCUGUAUACUGCGUAUUUUUUGGUCUUGUUGCUUCUGUUGGGCUUUCUUUCCUGCAAUUCACAAACAUGAACUCGAUGAGGAACCUUUUCAUCACCGGUGUUGCCAUGUUUCUCGGUUUGUCUAUUCCUGAGUACUUCAGAGAAUACACUGCCGCUGCCCUUCAUGGUCCUGCUCAUACCACAGCUGGAUGGUUCAAUGAUUUCGUCAAUACCAUCUUCUUCUCUUCCCCAACUGUUGCACUGAUCGUGGCGGUUAUAUUGGACAACACUCUCGACUACAAGGACAGUGCCAGAGACAGGGGGAUGCCAUGGUGGGCGAAAUUCAGGACAUUUAAUGGAGAUAGUCGCAACGAGGAGUUCUACACCCUUCCCUUCAAUCUAGACCGUUUCUUCCCUCCAUCAUAGCGUAUGAUUCGCAACGAGGAAGUGUAAGAGAAAAUUCAUUAUUCGUUUGAGAGAGAGUGCCGGAGUGAGUUGGGAGGAAAUCAUCAUUCCACCAGAUUAUGAUGAUCCAAAUCCUCCCAAAGAAGAGUUGGAUGGAAAAUACAUGUAUUCUGAUUCAGUAGCGAAUGGCAUCUUCGCUUCUUCUUUUUUUUUUUUUUCUUUUU